AUGAAAAGAACAGCAAAAGAGGAAGUAAAGCGAGGAAAGCAUCGCGGCGCUCAUCAUAAAGUUGCUCCUUCUAAUGGAAACGUAAAAAAUGACAAGCUACCUGGUGGCCAAAAGAAGUCCAAGCCGUUACGAACGUCGGACAGCAAGUUACAUCAAGAUGAUUUGGCGGAAAAGAUUCCCAAUGGACGACUUCCUCCAUUAGUUCCUCCUGUUAGAAUUUCACCAGAGAAAAGUAAUGAUAUUGAACUUCAGGAAAGUCAAGUUGAAGUUAACAGGAAUCGACGGGUUGACUCACAAUCGGGAUCCAAAGGCUUAUCGAAUGUUGUGAAAGACGACAUGUCACCACGUGCAACAAGCGCGGCCACGAGGCGAAGAAACGAUAAUAUGACAAGCUACGAAAAAAUGCUGCAAAGAGAGAAACGGCGAAGCCGUAAGAUAUCUGGAUCGUACGCCAUUUUGCACAGCGAGGCUGAAGAUCAUGACCUGGAUUCUGCGGACGAUCACUUGGACGCUCUGGUCGUCGAAGACGAAAGAAACAUUUCUCGGUCGAAUUCUUCGCUUCGAAGUCGUCGGUCAUCUGGGACACCAUCCAGGCAAGACCCGAGCCAAGCCUUGCUACAGUAUUUUGCCAAGUUCUCAAGCUCAGUUGAUCUGGAUGAUCCACUAGAUUUUAAAGUGUAUAUGACAGAAAUUUUUUUAUUUGCUUGAUAGAAUCUAUACAGUGUUUUGAUAAGGAAAGCAAAAAAAUUUUUUCGAUAGCGAUUUUUCUUCCCCGUGUUUUAACCUGCCAAAAACGUGAAAUUUUACUUCCGGUGAGCUACAAAACCGCGCUAGCGAAAACAGAAGACUGGGAAUGAUUAUGACGUCAUUUCAGGACAUUCUAUUUCGCGGCAGGCAAAUUACAUGGUCAUUUUCUUAUUUGUGUGGCAGUGUUUGGAGAAUGUUUCUUGAGUUUCCCUGACCUUUUUUGAUCAGAAACAGCAGAAAUCAAUAAAAAGUCGCUUAAGCUCGAAUUUAAUGGACUGUGAAAAAGAAUAAUGAGUUUUGAAAGCGAUACGGAACAGUCAGACGUGGAAUCGAUCGGGUCGCGCACUCACAUCUGCGAGACAGCUAGGAUCAGACGAAGAUGAAGAAGAUAUGUACUAUCCAGAUCCAGAAGGACCGUAUAUAGAUGAACCUAUUACAGACGAGGAAUGGCUAAACAGAAUACAACCGAGAACUAGAAGAAAUUUAAAGGAGAAAACAGGAGUUACAAAACCGCUUUGACAGGAUUGUCGAACCCGAGACUUGGUAGGUGUUCGGUCUAUUUCUCACCUUUUAGUUAUUAGCCUGAAAAAUCUUAUCGUACUAAGAUCACACCUUGCCGAUAAAAAGAAAAGGAUAAAAGUUGUAUUCUUCAACUUAAAUACUACGUUCCUUCUUUUUAAUUUCAAAGGUGCCCAUGUGGCAAUUGUGCUCUUGAUCGGCUGCAAAAUCCCGGGGAAUGCCUCUGCUGUAAGGAAAUCGAAAAGUGUGUCGAAUCACUUGGUAGUACUGUACCGCCGUUCUGAAUGAGGUGGAAAUCAGUCCCGAAUGUAUUACAUUGCAUCCAGGUUUCAGUGUCGUUUGCCUUAACAGAUGGUCUCUCCGAUCAGCCGCAAGUAAAUACAAAAGGAUAGACGGUACAGAGUAUCGUCAAACUGAUACAGAAGAAAAGUGAGUAAUGUUUUGCCCAGUUUUUUCUGUCAGAGCUAUCUCUAAUUGCUAAUUUACUGUGUUCUCCAAAAGCAACGUUAGCCGGCAAAAGCGCCCGACAGUUGCAACAGAAGAAGUGGUUAUUUGUUCAAACACCAUUUUAAGAGAAAGAUAAUCAAUCGAUUGUUUUUGUUGCCCAUUAUUUUGUAUAAUAGAGAGAUUUUACCUGACCCAGGAAAGACAAUAGAAUUAAUGCAUGAUAGCGUGUUCCAUUCUACUACCUGUUUAAUCGGUUGAGUAGAAUCACUAUAUUACAAAAAACAUAUGAUAAAAAAUAAAGCAAAAUGUACUUUGCAGAACCCCUAAAAUCAAACUUUUCUCUGGGCUUGGGUGUGUGUGUGGGAGGGGGGAGGGGGGGUUGCCAGCCACACCAAACCCCACACAAAGCAUUUUGAUCUCAUCUUUUGCUGACUACUUUCAUCUUUUCUUACUCUGCUCUACUCUUCAACCCUGGUCCUAUUUUCAACUAUAUUCGACAGUUGAUUUGAUAAUGUUCAGUUCAUAAGAUGUUAAAAGAAAUGGGGAUUUUAGAGACACAAAGCAAGGGCACGAUUGGAAUAGAAAUGCAUCUGCCACUGGUCAUGUGGUAAUACUGGGCUCACAGAGUUGAAAUACAGGGCGAGGUAAUGACUUGAAUAUUUAUUUUUAUGUCUUCAUUCUUUUAAACAGGUUUCUUGGUGGAGUAGCCUACAGAGAGUUUACGCAACUAGUACAUGGUUUUCUUGGGGGAAAGCGGAUUCCACUGCCAGCAAUAAGAACAGAACUUUCAGAAGAGAAUGAAGAAUUUGUUGGUUUUGAAGAUAAUGAAUAAAGAUAUUGCCUUUAUGACCAUCAUUAUUUUAAAAUGCAAAUAGCAAAACAGAGUCCAUUGACAAAUUUUAUACUAGUUUGGACUAAUAUUGACUCAAGACAUCAGCUGAUUGCACAGAAACUAUCUGUAUCUUAGUUAUCUACAGUCCCAGGGGGGGUACUCGGGAAUUCAAGUGACGGGGAUGAUCGAAUGGAGCCAAAAGUCAAGACCCAAAAAAAUCCCUAGGGCUUCCAGCAAAACCCAAAAUAUCCCUGGACCAAAAAUUAACCCCCAAAAAAUCCCAUGCCAGGCACACGGGACAAUGCAGACUAUUGUAUAACACGUGCGAUGUAAAGCGACACCAUAGUUAACUAUUAAACAACAGCAAAACACGUUUGUUUGAACUUUAUUCGCAGAACUACGCAGCCAGGGCACUACCGAUUCUUUUUAAUACCCCCAAAAAAUCCCUACUCAAAUCAAGCUACCCAAGCCAAAUUUUCGUACCCAAAAAAAUCCCGGAAUUAAAAAUUUCAAACCCAAAAAAAUCCUUCGAUCAUCCCCGUCACUUGAAAUCCCGAGUACCCCCCCCCCUGGGUCUACAGUGCGAGGGUGACUUGAAAUAAUGGUGAUGAAAAUCUCUCCCAGUUUGUAUUAAGCAGUUACCAGGUAACUUAUUGACUUUGCCUCAAAAUAAAAAAUAAAAAGGUCUGCUAUCACUGUCCACUGUUUUGUCGUGCCUGGUUCCUUGGACAAUCAACUAGAAGGUUGUGCCCUCUCAUGGGUCUUUUGCAAACAGUGCAAUUCCUUGUUCUUCCUCCACUUGAUGACUGUGCUGUAGCUGCAGCUGCCUCUUGGGCAAAAACAACAGAUACUGCAAGGAAAAUAGGAAAAUAUAUUUAGUCCACCUUGAUUGCUGAUCAAAUGAUAAUAUAAUAUGUAACAAUAACAAUAAUAAUAAUAAUAAUAAUAAUAAUGGGAACUUUAUUUGUUUUUUUGAAUGUAUAAUUGUAAAUCUCGCUACGUAUAGGCAAUUUACAAAUGCUGCUUGAGAUUGGAUUAUUAAAAAGAAAAAAAACAAAAAACAAAACAAAACAAAACAAAACAAAAGCCAAAAAAAAAAGAAAUCAAAAUUGAAUUAAGUCUGGGCUAUCCCACUUCCUAUUUCUACAACAAAAGAUGUAAUAUGUUGCUUUAAUGGCUAUAUUUAUCAUUUUCUUGAUUAUAACAGUAAUAUUGAUAACAAUAAAAAUCCCUAGAUGUCCAAAAAAAUAAAAGAUUUUCUUUAUGACUUGAGAGGGUAGAAGGCUCAGCCAGCCUCAGAUAGGGCUGUGUUCUAACAGCACAUGGUGACCCCUAGCACAUAACUUCUGCUCUACGGCGACAAGAAAAUCUUAGAGAUUAUAAUAUUAUGCUAGGCAUCCUUGAUUUCACAGGUUCAGGGCACUGGGCUCCCUUCAAUUUGUCUUAGAACACAGCCAUGAUUAUGGAUUUUGCAGCCGAUCAAGAGCACAAUUGCCAUAUGAGCACCUUUGAAAUUAAAAAGAAGGAACGUAGUAUUUAAGUUGAAGAAUACAACUUUUAUCCUUUCUUUUUAUCGGCAAGGUAUGAUCUUAGUACGAUAAGAUUUUUCAGGCUAAUAAUUAAAAGAUGUGAAAUAGAGCGAACACUUACCAAGUCUCGGGUUCGACAAUCCUGUCAAAGCGGUUUUGUAACUCCUGGUUUCUCCUUUAAAUUUCUUCUAGUUCUCGGUUGUAUUCUGUUUAGCCAUUCCUCGUCUGCAAUAGGUUCAUCUAUAUACGGUCCUUCUAGAUCUGAAUAGUACAUAUCUUCUUCAUCUUCGUCUGAUGUCUCGCAGAUGUGAGUGCGCGACCCGAUCGAUUCCACGUCAGACUGUUCCGUACCGCUUUCAAAACUCAUUAUUCUUUUUCACAGUCAAUUAAAUUCGAGCUUAAGCGACUUUUUAUUGAUUUCUGCUGUUUCUGAUCAAAAAAGGUCAGGGAAACUCAAGAAACAUUCUCCAAACACUGCCACACAAAUAAGAAAAUGACCAUGUAAUUUGCCUGCCGCGAAAUAGAAUGUCCUGAAAUGACGUCAUAAUCAUUCCCAGUCUUCUGUUUUCGCUAGCGCGGUUUUGUAGCUCACCGGAAGUAAAAUUUCACGUUUUUGGCAGGUUAAAACACGGGGAAGAAAAAUCGUUAUCGAAAAUUUUUUUUUGCUUUCCUUAUCAAAAUACUGUAUAGAUUCUAUCAAGCAAAUAAAAAAAUUUCUGUCAUAUACACUUUAAUUACAUCCAGUCGUUGUUACAUGAAGGGGCUUCAGUAAACACCAGUGACCGCUUUGGUCAAACGUUACUUCAUGAAGUAUCCAGAACUUGGGGAUUAGAUGUUGCACAGUAUUUUCUUGACCAAGGUAGGUCUGGCUAUUAGCUAUGAGAAAUAAAAUAAGUUUAAGUCUGUUCUUCGCUUUAUGCGAACAUUGUUAACGAUCAAAAGUUUUAUAUUUAGGUUAAAUGGAUUAGAACGUAGUUCUGUUGACAUUAGCUAAACUUGGUUGACACAGUUUAUACACUUAAACAACAGACAAAAAUCAUUUUUUUAAAACAUUUACAUACAGCAAAUGAAAUGAAAACUGAACAGCAAAGCUUACUGAUAACGUUCAUGUGCUAUUUACAGGUGCAGACAUCAAUAAAACUGAUGAUUAUGGCCGAACACCGUUACACGUGGCUGCCCUAGCAGAUUACCCAGACAUGGUCAGGUUUCUAAUCGAAAAUGGCGCCAACGUUCAGGCGCAAACUGCAGGAGAAGACCAAACUCCACUGUAUUACGCAGCCAAGAAUGAGGCUGUACAGUGUGUGAAGAUUCUCCUGGCAUACGGCGCAGACAUCGAGGCCAGAGACUACAAAAAGCGGACUCCUUUGCAGGUCAGUUUAGACUGGAAUACAAUGCAAUUGAUCUUUCUACCCAUGGGAAUAUAGCUGAGGGCAAGUUGUACAUGUGAGAUGUCAUACCAUAGACUCUUCAAACAGAAAUGAAUGUAAAUUAAGAAAGUGAAAAUAAUUGUAAUAGAUAAUAUAAAUAAUAUGAAUAACAAAUAAAUAAAGAAAAUUUAUGUAAUGAUGUAAAAGAAAUCAAAAAAUAAGAUAGAAAAAGAUGUCACGUCUGAAGGCGAAGAUUAAAAAGUCUAAAAAAUAUGUGAGUCUGUAACGGGAUACGGAGAGACUAAAAUGAUUAAUACCAUUGAUUUGUAACAUCUGUAAUAUCAGAUUUUAAUUAUACUUUUAUUGCUCCGUUAGGUUGCAGUGGAACAUAACAGCUCCGAGGCAACGCGAUUGCUUCUGGACGAGGGAGCAUCUGCUGGUGUAAAAGACGACAGUGGAAUGUCUGCGCUAUCACUACUUAUUUCCCAGAUGCCUGGGGUGGUAAGUUGUAAAAACUGAAGCGUCUGAAACUAGAGAUUUUUAGAUUUGAAGAAGAACGAGAUUUUCUCAAUUUGUGUACUGAGUAGGGCGCGAGCUUGAACCAGCGUCAUUUUGGUUUUAGCGAGAAUGUCGUAUUGACGGAAACAAGUUAUCAAAUGAAAAGUUUUACCAUUUUGCAAUCGGGAGAGAGCAUAACCUCCUUCAAUAAAAUUAACAGUGUUAAUUUUAUGGCUAAAAAAGUAAAAUGAAGCUUUCUGGGGUGCUUAUUUUUUGAGAACAGGCAAAAAAAAUUCAAGUCAGAAAUCUCGUUUUUUUAAAGUCGUCCUCGCCCUCGAAUCUAAUGGUCUCUGUUAUCAGUUUUGAGGGGCACACUACCCACUAAAAUGUAUACAGGGGUCUCUAAUAGUUAUUAAAUCCUGCAGUAAUGAGGUGAAGGGUGUUCGUGGCCUGGCUCGCUGUUUUGAAACCCUGAGUUAACUGCAAAGAGAGCAUGAAUUGUCAUAGUAACUAGUGUUUUCGGUUUAGCUUUAAAGCCGGAAGACAAUAGACUCGAGUCAAAUUUGGCCGAAAAUCCGUUCCAUUCAGCGGCCAGCACCUCAUACUCCAAUCCCGCAAGCCACACAUGGUAAUGCUUACGGUUUUGGAAGUUUGACAGUAAUGUGGAUCGCACUCCGUGUUUUAAAACUGAAUUGAAUUAUUUAUUCCUCGUUUUUCCUUUUUUCAGGCUUACAAAGCUCUUGAUCAAUUUCACUCAGUGGACAGAACUCAUCGCAAGCAGAAUUUUUACCUUAACUUUUUAGAAAAUUGUGAGUCGCCAAAAGAAGUCAAUAAUCUCGCCCCGUCACCAUUACAGUCUGCCUCCUUGUCAAAUUGUAUUGUACUUGUGAUGCACCCCAUCUUCCAACGUCUCAUCGAUGUUAAAUGGCGAUACUUUCGGCUCGAGGCGUGGCUGGAUAUUCUUCCAAACGUGCUGAUGACCAUACUGUACACUGUUUUAGCUUGUUCAAUGCCUCGAGAUGUCAGCACAUUUUACUCGCCACUCAGUGAGCAGUGGUGGAAAAUUGUCCUCGCAGUCGUGUUUGCUGUCAUAAUGCUCAAUGAAAUCAGAAAGGAAAUAAGGGAUUAUUACCGAUCAAAGAAGCAGUCCAAUAAACUAAUCAAAUGGAGGCGGAAGGAGGUUGAAAGAGACUUAGCUUUUUGUCACCCACGGUGGCCUCAGGAAGCAACCUUUGUCGAGCAGGAACUGAGGCGGAUUAAACAAGACAGGGGUAAUCAGCAGACUUAUUUCUCAGACGUGUGGAAUUACAUUGACUGGGUCACUUAUGCCAUGAUGAUAGUGGUGAUAAUUCUUCACUUAGUUAACAUCUACGUCAAAAGCAAUGGUUACAAUGAUGUUUUUGUCCGGAUCCUCUCCUGCACCUUAAUCCCUGCCUGGGUUCGUUUGUUAAAAUACGCCCGACCCUUCCCUGGCCAGGGACCUUUUGUAGUUAUGCUCGACCACAUUGGUACGGAAACCGCAAAGUGGCUGCUUGUAAUUUUGAUGUUUUACAUACCCUAUGCGGCAGCCUUCUGGAUCAUGUUCGGGCCUCAGGCUCAAACACCUGUGAACGACUACAACUCUGUAUUAAGUCUAAUUUAUACCAUCAUACGGAUUCCGUUGCUUGACGAUUAUAAUUUUGCAGAACUAGAUAAAGCGGCGCCUUACAUGUCCCGCCUACUCUGUGGCACGUUUAUAUUGAUUGCGGCGAUUGUUCUCAUGAAUCUCUACAUCGCACUUUUGUCUAACACGUUCCAGCGGGUUUAUGACAACGCUCGGGCGACCGCUGCCAUACAACGAGCUAGGCUUCUUCAAGACCUGGAACUGGAUGCCUCUGUCAAAAAACUGAAGCGUUAUAGAGAGUUCAUAAGCACAAACUACAGUCCUGAGGAAACGGACCACAUUGCAGUUCUAUCAGAACAAGAGGAACACAACCGAAAGCAAGAGGAAAAGGUGUCUGAGAUUCACAAUAUUGUAAGCAAGCGGUUCGGAGGCAAAAAGUUUGGCAAACUAGAGAGAAGUGAAUUCGAUUUAGUUCUGGAAGAUUUGAACAAUCUUAAGCGUUCUCAUUUGGAAAUCAAACGCUUUCUUUCAUCCUUAACUUCAAACCUAGAGGAUUUGAAAAAGACAACAUCCUUUAUCGUUGAAAGUCGGACGCAAGGUGAUCGAGAGCGACAGAACAAGGAACAGGAAGAUAUUUUAGAACGACUGACCCUUACUGUUCAAAGACUUGAAUCAGUGUAUGCUAUCGAUAAUGGUCGAAACCCCGGGCGAGUGAUGACAAAUCACAAGGCAAACCAAACAGAUUAA